AUGGACGACCACAGAGUGGGAGCCGUGCUAUGGAGCAGCGGCAGCGACAACUGGAGGAAGGAGAUGGCGGACCAGGAGCGUCGCCGGGUGGGAAGAACAACGCCCUCUUCCCCCGGUCACGAACUCCAAUGGCUAAGCUAUGAAAGCCAUUGGACAUUACCAGCAAAGCAGACCACUGCGACAGAGAAGCCAUUCCUGGUGGUGUCUGCCAAGGCGGAGGCCGCACUUGCUAAGAAGCCUCAGCCGCGACAGAAAGUAGGUGUGCAUGUCGGCAGUGUCAAGGAUGGGAUGGCUGCGACAAGCAAGGAACCCACAUCGGCCUCAAUUCUGCAAAGCCCAGGGAUUUAA